CUUUUCAGUGAUUAAACCAAUUUUGUUUGAUGGUGAAUUGACGGAAAUGACCUCGUCUUCUGUGUUCUUAAUCUUUGGUUAGAGUAGUCUCAUAAUCACGUCAUGUAUAAUUGUAUCAUGUAUUACGUGGACUAAUUUUUUAUGUACUAUAAUAGGUUUUGCAUUUGGGUGGAUUAAGUCGGGCACUGAGUUGCUGAUUUAAUAGGCCUUAUGUUGACAUAAUCCUAAAAUUUAUGUGAUUAUUCUCAUUAUUUAGGAUUUUUUGAUUUUCUGGUAAUUGAUAAGCAAAACCAUGUGAGUGGUAAUGCAAAGUUCCGAAAAGGUAAACCUAUUUCAAUGCCGGAGCAAUUAGCAUCUGUCUUCCCAUAACUAGCUCUACCCGCCUGGAGUUAGAAAGCAAGAUGUUGCUUACUUCUUUCCAAUUUAACUGUAGGUUGUCAGUAGUCUUCAAGGAGAGAAAUGGCCACCCUUCAAGAUAUUGUUUACUCAGCUGCUAUUAAUCUUCUAUCUGCACUUGUAUUUCUACUGGCAUUUGCAAUAUUACGUCUUCAACCCAUUAAUGAUAGAGUUUACUUCCCAAAAUGGUAUCUUAAAGGGAUAAGAGCUAGCCCAAUACACUCUAGGGCAAUCGUAUCCAAAUUUGUAAACAUGGACUUGAAAACAUACAUCCGAUUUUUGAAUUGGAUGCCUGCAGCUUUGAGAAUGCCAGAACCUGAGCUUAUUGAUCACGCAGGGCUUGAUUCUGUGGUCUAUAUUCGGAUUUACCUUAUGGGCUUGAAAAUAUUUGUCCCCAUAACAUUACUUGCUUUUGCGGUUUUGGUGCCUGUCAAUUGGACUGGGGGGACACUGGAGCAAAUCAAGGAUCUUACGUUCAGUAAUAUUGACAAGCUGUCAAUAUCAAAUAUUCCACCUGGAUCCAAAAGGUUUUGUGCACAUGUUUUAAUGUCAUAUAUCUUCACCUUUUGGACAUUCUAUGUUAUCUACAAAGAGUACAAGACGACAGCUUUUAUGCGCUUGCAAUUUUUAGCUUCCGAAAGUCGUCGUCCUGACCAAUUCACUGUUCUUGUGAGAAAUGUUCCUCCAGAUCCUGAUGAAUCAGUCACCGAGCAUGUUGAGCAUUUCUUUUGUGUAAAUCAUCCUGAUCAUUAUCUUACUCAUCAGGUGGUGUACAAUGCAAAUAAGCUUGCAAACUUGGUAGCAAAGAAGAAGAGUCUGCAAAAUUGGUUGACAUACCACCAGAAUAAAUACGAGAGAAAUCCUUCUAGCAAGCCUACUACAAAGACAGGCUUCUGGGGUCUCUGGGGAACUAGGGUGGAUGCAAUUGACUACUAUACUGCGGAGAUUGGAAAACUUAGUGAAGAAGAAGAUAAAGAGAGAGAAAGGGUUAUAAAUGAUCCUAAUGCUGUAGUUCCAGCAGCAUUUGUUUCAUUCAAAUCUCGAUGGGGAGCAGCUGUCUGUGCCCAAACUCAGCAAACAAGUAACCCAACGAUUUGGUUGACUGAAAGGGCUCCUGAGCCCCGUGAUGUUUAUUGGGAUAAUCUUGCAAUACCAUACUUUGAACUCACUAUUCGACGACUACUUGUGGCAGUUGGUCUUUUUUUCCUAAUUUUCUUUUUCAUGCUUCCUAUAGCAUUUGUUCAGUCCCUGGCCAGCAUUGAGGGAAUAGAGAAGGUUUUUCCUUUCUUGAAACCUGUAAUAGAAAUGAAAUUUAUUAAGUCUUUAGUCCAAGGAAUUCUUCCAGGCAUUGCUCUGAAGAUAUUUCUUAUUGUACUUCCAAUAAUACUCAUUAUUAUGUCCAAAAUAGAAGGAUUUACAUCACUCUCAUCUUUGGAUAGGCGAUCAGCUGUGAAGUAUCAUUUGUUUCUACUUGUUAAUGUGUUUGUUGGCAGCAUUGUAACAGGAACAGCAAUGGAUCAGCUUAAAACUUUUCUUAAUCAGUCUGCAACAGAGAUUCCGAAAACCAUUGGAGUGUCAAUCCCACUAAAAGCCACCUUCUUCAUCACUUAUAUAAUGGUUGAUGGAUGGUCGGCAAUUGCAGCAGAGAUCCUCAGACUGGUACCCUUAGUCAUGUUCCAUUUGAAGAACACAUUUCUAGUUAAGACAGAGCAAGACAGGGAUCAAGCAAUGGAUCCUGGUUGCGUGGACUUUGCAACAUCUGAACCUCGAAUACAGUUUUAUUUCUUGCUGGGACUUGUUUAUGCUGCUGUGACACCCUUACUUCUUCCUUUCAUCAUCGUGUUCUUUGCUUUUUCUUAUACGGUAUUUCGUCAUCAGAUUAUUAAUGUAUAUAACCAAAAAUAUGAGAGUGGAGCUGCAUUCUGGCCAGAUGUCCAUCGGCGUUUGAUAAUUGGAUUGAUAAUAGCUCAACUUCUUUUGUUGGGAUUGAUGAGCACAAAGGAAGCUAGGGAAUUAACUCCGCUGCUUGUCGCACUUCCUAUUCUGACGAUUUGGUUUCAUGUAUUCUGCAAAGGACGUUUUGAAUCUGCAUUUGUAAAAUUCCCACUACAGGAUGCAAUGGUAAGGGAUACACUUGAACGAGCUACAGAUCCAAACCUAAACUUGAAAAUGUAUCUUCAGGAUGCAUACAUACACCCAGUUUUCAGGGGUGGUGAACUGGAGAGACCAGAGAUCAUCGAUGAAGAAGAAGACAAUCCGCUUGUUCCAACAACAAGGAAUUCUCAAAAGAGUCAAAGUAAAUAUAGUUCUGAUGUCAGUUCUGGAGCUGGUUCGUAAGACUAGGGUAAUAUUCUAAAAGUUACUCAAUUUUAAUUUGCUUUUUUGAAUCCAGUGCAUUUAUAUAUGCAUGUGCUUUUAGUUAAUGUGGAAGCAUUAAGCAAGAGGCUACGAGUCAUUUGCCAGAGACUCGCAUAAAUUGAAGACGUGAUAUGUAUAGCUUACUCUGCUUUUUAUGGAAAUUCUUUGGGUAGAAAAUUUGUUCACCUAGUGAUUGUAUGUGAAUAAUCAAAUUAAAUAUGUCACAUGCAAGAUCAUCUACCACAGGGCUUAUGGCUUGGAUGAACUGAAAUUGCUGUAAGAAUAGUAGGUCAGGUUUCGUUCCUGAGUUUUCAAAUGAAUUAAGAUUAAUGUCAUUUUAUGUGUUGA